UGCCCGUUGGCGGUUGCAGUUCGAACGGAGACGAGGUGGAAGGAUUCGAAAACGUUCGACCUCCCUGACCGCGUGACCUUGCUGCUUCGCUCAUGGUUAGGGGUGGGGGGUCGGGUUAGUGAAGUGGGGGUCGUCGACUGAACAUCCCUCUAUCCUCCUCCGAAACCUGGGACGAAGGGGAGUUCACCGACAGGUGGUUCGGGUGGAGGAAGCCGUGCCGGGGGAGGUGUGUGGGUAUCGGGUGGUGAGCUGUAACCGGGUGCGGCCAUCGGCAGUCUGGUUGAUACCAUGGCUUCAGAGCACGAUCGCGAUAAUGGAUUUGUUCAGGGCUCGGCUCCUCCGGAAUCAAGCAAAUUUAUCAGACAAGUGAAUCACAGUGGCUUGUUAUCAACUCUGGCUUUCAGUUCACCAUCUGGAGGGGUCAGUCUUUUCUUGGGAAACAUUCGACCAUUUGUGGGUCGUUGCUGUUACAUCUGUGCACCCCAAAGCUGGGCUUUGCUUUUCCACAAUCACUUAUCCUUGCUGGGAUUUCGAAAUGCCAUCCUUGUUACAGAGACGCAGACACGAUAUCGUGGAUGGCUGGCUCGGCGCCUGUGCUAUUUCCUGUUUGUUGAUGGAUGCACAGUUUACCCAGAUGUUCCCUUCCUGGAGCACAAAAUAAUCAACAAUGCAAGAGUUCAGGAAGCCAUUAGGGAAAACUCAUGUAGUAUAUAUGACCAGAAGUCAACUUGUAACAUGAGGAAUGUGCUCGGAAUCUUCCACCAGAUCCAAGCUACAAUCUCGCCCCUCUUACUCAGGAUGACCAGUUGGAUGCUGCUGAAAAUAUUUAACUGGGUUUUCGUGAAUCUGCAAGUGCAUCGAGGGCAAAUUGAGAUGCUGCGGAAAGCAAGUAAAGAGUAUGAUGGUCCAUUUGUCUUUGUGCCUCUUCAUAAGUCUCGCCUCGACUACCUACUGGUUACCUUUGUCCUUUUCUGCCACAGUAUUAGAGUCCCAUACUUUACUUGUGGGGAAGAUGUCCAACUUCCAUUUCUCAGGCCUCUGCUUCGGAAAUUGGGAGGCAUUUUUACUUCACAUGAUCAUGGAGACCACUUGUUCCAGGUUGUUUUAAAUUCGUACAUCGAGGAACUGUUGAAUGAGCAGCAGAGCCUGGCAGUUUACCUGAAAAGUCCUGUUUCAUGUCCUGUGCUUUCAAGUCUCUCAGGAUUAGUGUGGUUGUCUCAGGUGUUUGAUGUUUUUCAGAACUGUUUAAUACCAGAUGCAGUUCUCAUACCUGUUGGUGUAGCUUAUGAUCGCAUCGUAGAGGAAAACUACUUGGAACAAAUGGGACCUGGAAAGACUAGUAUUUUUGCAGCAGUUCGUUGGGUGCUCAGGUUCCUACAAAAGAACUACGGCUGCAUCCGGAUGGAUUUUGGACAGCCAGUUUCUCUGAAGGAUUACAUAGAGAAUGAAGGAAUGCAUUUGUGCAGCUCUGCAAUUCCGCUCCAGAAGAUCUUAUUGCCCUGUGUGCUCGGAUGCAGCACUGAUGCUGUGUACUAUGAGAAGUCUCAGGACUGGCUAUUGAACAAUGAUGAAUUGAUACAACUCAGCAAACACCAUCGAGCGCUAGUAGCUGAUCUGGGACGACACAUGCUUUACACUGCUUCUUGCUCCUCGGCAGUUAUGUCCACCACCAUCUUGGCCUGCCUUCUAUUUCACAAACAUCAACAGGGCAUAUUUCUGAGCACAUUGGCAAAGGAUUUCUGCUGGUUAAUGAAUGAGGUUCUCGCACGGCAUUUUGAUGUCGGAUUUUCAGGGAAGUUGCUGGAUAUUGUGCUGCAUGCCCUUUUUCUGCUGAGAGAAUGUGUGAUACUGAGGAGUUGUCCACUGAAUAAUCUGAUUGUGAUACCAAAGGCAACCAGGAACGCUGUGGAGGAGCUCAGUUUUUACAGUAAUUCUAUUCUACCUGUCUUUCUUGGUGAGGCUGUAGCUGCCUGUGCUUUAAAUUCACUUCUAAGGGAAGUGGCUAAAUACAUGGUGGACUGGGACUCCGAUGCAGAGGUUGCAAUCAGCCAAGAGGAACUUAUCUGUAAAACUGUUCAGCUGUGUCAGUUACUCUCCAGUGAGACACUGCUUCUACCACCCUGCCAGUCAGUGUACCAGUUUUCACAGGAAGCAGUGGACAAGCUGAUGUAUUGUGAGAUUCUUCUCAUGGAGGAGAAUGAGAACAAACAGCCAGCUUGUGACACAUGGCAGAAACGGUUUGGGAAGGAGAUGACAUGGAAGGUGAUGGAUGAUUUUGAUGACUCUGAGAGUGACACUGAUGAAACAGUCUGGACCUGUUAUUUUAAGCUUGGCCAAACCCAGGAAAGCCACACAUUUUUCCUUUUUCUCUGCAGCUUGCUGCAGCCUGUAUUGAAAGUGUAUGAGACAGCAGCAGGUUUGCUGCACAAAUUGGACUUUCCAAUAGAAGAGCCGCAGUGUGUACUGAAGAUGUUUCAGCUUUUGAAUGCACAGGGAGAAGAACAGCAUGGAAGUGCCACAGUCAGCAUUGUAAACAGCGCUAUUAAGAUCUUCAGGGAAUUGGGGGUUUUCAAAGAGGAGCCAGGAACAAAGGGACCCUUACUGAAACUCAGUAACACUUUCCAGCAACCUGAUAAUUUACUGAAGCUCCAGCAGUACAUUCAACAAUUCUGUGAUUAAAAUUAAAAGAAAAAAAAUUGGUAAACAAUUUUUCAUUACAUGUGACUGAACCAGCUGAGAGACUGUAUUGAGAUUUUUUUGCAGUGACCCAUGACUACUUUGGUCAUCACCUGGCGAAAAGGCCCCCCAGCUUAUCUCGGAUUAAACAUUUCCAUGCAGUCCUGCUCUGGACUGCUCCCACCUUCCUGAUGUGUGGAAAGCGAAGUUCAAAACUACAUUGUUUUUCACCCCACGUCCUGAAUGGUUGAAAAUCCAAAGACAUUUUUCAAAAAAAACUUUUCAUGGGAUAUGGCUGUCACUGGCUAGGCCACCAUUUAUUACCUAUCUCAAAUGGAUCGUAAGAAGGUGGCUUUCAGCUGUCCUCUUGAGUUGGUGCAGUGCUUGUGGUCAAGGCACACCCACAGAAGAAACUGGAAUCAUGAUUGUGAGUAAAACCCUUGAAUUAUCUUGUCAUGAGAAAAGUCUUGCAAGUUGUGUGUCAAAUGGGCAGAAUUGUAUUUCAGCUUGAA